GCCAUUGCUCCCGACGCCGCGUCCCCGAGCUGCGCGCCGCCAUCGACUCCCGCGCCGCGUCUACGUCCUUCCGGGGCAGCUCUUAUUCGCGUCUGCCUUUGAGCCUCGUCCGCCGCGUGUAAGUCGUCUACCGCACGCAUACAAUCAACCCCCGGCGCCCCGGCCAACCCGCGACGCCCCCCGAUUCCCGCCUGCGCGCCCGCGUUGUCGACCGCCCCACGACGACCAACCGUCCUCGCCUCAACACUACUCCCCAACCUGCUCCCGCGUCCGCAUAUACACCCCUCCGAGCCGAUGCGACGUUGCUGCCGCCUUCACAUUCAAUCUUGUUAGUGGGGGGAGGCUGCGUAUCAGCCUUGCAGACGAUUUGAUCUGGGACUCGACUGGUUGCGCCCAUUCUUCCAACCAUGGUUCUGUUCAAGCGGAAACCGGUCCAAUUCUUGCCCCCGGCAGAAAUCGAGGAUGAGAACGCCGAGGUCUGGCAUAUUCCCCAAACGGGUGAGAUAUUCGUCUCGUAUGAAGACUAUCUGAGCCGCAUGGACUUUUACAAACAGCGCCGUUUCAACGAUCAAAUCACAGGACAUUCAGGCUUGACUUUCUUCGAGGCCUUUAAGAGCGAGCUUGCUGGAGGUAAAGAGGUCGAGGCCUCAUUCCCCGAGGCUCUCAAGGGCCCCAUCUUGCGCAGGGUCCAGUUCCAGACGGUUUCGCGCCUCGAUAACCUUGUCGACCAGAUUUACGAGGAGUUCAAGCACGACUACUACCCUGGCGAGGAUGUGACUGUCACGAUGGAUGGCGGAGACCGAGUCCACGGCCUGGUCCGCGACAAGACUGCCUUCGGCCCGAGAAGCCUUCCCGACGGCAGCCAGACCCUACCUACGACCCGAUAUCUAGUCAAUCUCAAGGAGUCGGAAGGGGAGACGAUUGUGACGGACGAGCACAUUUGCCGCGAUCGAGGCAUCUUCACCAAGGCCAUGCUCAGGUCCUUUAUUAAAAAAACUGUCACUCGCGAUGCGUGGAACGGCGCUCCUUGGCUGGUCAAGCACGAGUACGCUAGCCAGUACCAUAUUGACACCCGGGUCCCGCCUCAUCUUCGCUAUGAUACCAAGGUUCAGGAGCGCAAGCAGCUUCAAGCUCAGAAACGGGCAAGCCUCCCACACGAAACAAACGGCCACAGCCCUUCAGGACUCAGCUCAGGCCCAAUGCGGCUACCGGAGUUGAAGCCCGCGCCCAAGGGCAAGUCGAAGCCUGGCCAGGCUGCUCCUGGAAACAAGGCCCUCAAGUGGCCGCUCAACAUCCCUGUUCAUGGCGGUAACCCCUUCAGCUACCCACCAAACCACUACGAUCAGACACCUCCUCAGCGCGAACCCACUCCGCCACCGCCGCCGCCGCCACCUCCCAAGUAUCCUAUCGAGGAUCUGCAGCUUGAUCCGCGAGAGGAUCGCAAACGCCCGCCGCUCAAGUAUCUGUGCAAGAACCCGCCCGUGCAGGUGGAGAAUGGCGAUGCGGAAGACAAUGACAUCGACAUGGAUUCUGUUGGUCCGCUGUUGGAGACCUGGGAUACACUCAACGUGUAUUGCGAGGUUUUCAAGCUAGACUCCUUUACCUUUGACGACUUUGUUGAGACUUUGUGUGUUGCGUCUGAAGAAGUUCCUGUUCAACUCUUCGAAGAGAUUCACUGCUCUGUGCUCAAGAUCCUUGUUGACUCCGAAGCUGACGGUGGUAAGGUCCGGAUCAAUCUUCCGGAGAUUGAAGAGGACGACAGCGAUGAGGAAGAUGAAGACGACGAGGAUGAGAGCGCGGAGCCCACACCCGAGCCAGAGCCCAAACCGGUGGGGCGCGCUACUAGAAGUAGCAUGGCUAGGCUCGAGGCCGAGAGAAUGGCCGCUGAGCUUGCUGCCGCCGAGGCAGAGGACGAAGAUGAGGAGGAGGAAGAGGCUAAGCACCGCGCCGAGGAACUCCUGAAGGACUACGAUUGGAUCGAGCACCUCCGAAAACGCGACUUCACCAACGGAGGUUGGGAACGAAUCAUGGUUGGACUACUCCACCAACUCUCCAAGAGCGAACAUCAACAAGAAGCUUGCGAGGAGCUUUUGUUCGAACUCGUUCCGGCCGAUGUUGAGCCCACGCAGGACACAGUGCGGCAGGCAUAUGCUGAGCUCGAUGUCAACUUCCGUGUCAAGGCAUUGCAGAUAAUUUGUAUGCUUACCACCGAGACGAAGGCCAUCCGUGGCUACAUGGAGGACUGCAGUGAAACCAUGACGACGUACCGCAAGGAGAAGAUUGAAUGGCAGAGACAGCGGAAGCAAGCUGUUGAGGAUUUGCGCCAGAUGAAUGAACAGCGAAAGGUUCUUCUCCCCGACAAUAUGCCACCCUCGCCUGCAAAGACUCCCGUCAAGGCAGACGACGAUGUGAAGAUGACAGAUGUGGAUGAAUCGCACUUGUCGAGAGAGGAAGAUGGCGAGGAGACCGAGGAGGAUGCCUCGCAGAGGAAGCGUAAACGGGCUCAGUCCCUCAAACAGCGGAAGCGCGAGGAGGAGCUGGCCAAGAAGGAGAAGGAGAAGGAGAAAGAGAAGAAGAAGGCCGAGAAGAAAGCUGAGAAGGCCACGAAGCCGCCAGCUCAGUCGAAGCAGUUCAUCAAGCUGCUCAAGGAUAUCCAGAAGAAGGAAGACCUCAUCAAGAACUGCGAGGAAGAGAUUGCUGUUCUCGAUAACGACUUGCGCGAGGCUGACUGCCCUCGAACUCGAGUCCUGGGUAAGGAUCGCUUUUGGAACAGGUAUUAUUGGUUUGAGCGGAACGGUAUGCCGUAUGGCGGACUUCCGGACAGCUCGACAGCCUCGGCCGAUUACGCCAACGGGUGUAUCUGGGUUCAAGGGCCGGACGAUUUGGAGCGCGAGGGAUACAUUGACCUGCCUUCUGAUCUGCAAGAUGAGUACAAGGGCAAGUUCAACAUGACAGUUCCCGAGCGAAAGACCAUGGAGGAGGGCAAGACGAGCGUCUUCAAUGCCCGCCAAUGGGGAUACAUUUCUGACCCGGAGCACGUCGAUGCUCUUAUCAAGUGGCUGGAUCCCCGUGGAUUCAACGAGCUACGACUCCGCAAGGAGCUUCUCAACUACAAGGAGAAGAUUGCGAAGCACAUGGAGAAUCGGAAGACGUACCUCGCAAACACCGAGGAGCCCGAGAAGAAGGAGGAGACAAAGCGGAUGAGCACUCGAAUCCGCGACAAGACACCCGAACCUCCCAACUACCGCUGCCUCCAAUGGGAGAAUACGACUGCACUCGAGGAGGUUGGGCAUCUUCACAGUGACCCGCCACCCCCGCCAAGGGCGAGGAAACAGACCAAGAAGCGAGAGGCGAUGAGCGAGGCCCACUCAGGACCGGCACCCAAGACACGACGCCGCCGAGGAGGUUAGGUGUAUGGAAGCUGUCAGGCAUGCCGGGGAGGGUUGAUGUACACCUUCAGGAUGUAAAUUUUCAGGGUCUGGACAUGGCAAGAUUUGGCAACUAUGCAUUGGUGUGGAUAUGUGGCGAGCAUAGAAGCUGGUCUGAGGGGUUUGGUGGAGUGUUGUUUUAGGCGGGACUAAAAGAAGAGUACACGGCGUUUUGGCCCGGCCAGGAUAGGCUUCGGCAGCAUUGGGAAGCAUCGAAUAGAUUACAUGUGAUUGGAAUCAGAGACCAGAGAACAGAAACCAGAGAUCGGAAACCAGACUCGAUUGAACUUGGUGACGACGAUCGUAUACACAUGACGAUUUGGUGGCCUAUAGAAAGAGUGCUGGAAAGGUCCGAGAAGACGGGAUACAGCUCCUUUGGGCAGUACGACCGGCACCAAGACAGAUCAAGUGGGGCGUCAACCUCGGCAGCUC